AUGCUGUGAACCCCAGUCCGGGAUGGCCUCUGCCACCUGUCCACCUACUUGGAAGAACUGGAGGCCGUGGAACUGAAGAAGUUCGAGUUAUACCUGGGAACCGUGACAGAGCUUGGAGAAGACAAGAUCCCUUGGGGACGAAUGGAGACAGCCGGUCCCCUGGACAUGGCCCAGCUGCUCACGGCCCAUUUCGGGACAGAGGUAGCCUGGCUGCUGGCUCUUGGCAUCUUUGAACGGAUCAACAGGAGGGACCUGUGGGAGAGAGGACAGAGAGAGGAGCCGGUGAGGGAUGCUCCACCUGGUGGCCCAUCCUCCCUUGGGAGCCAGUCAACGUGCCUUCUGGAAGUCUGUCCUGGCACGCCAGGAAAAGAUCCCCGGGAGGUCUACAGGGACUCGGAGCGCAGGAAGUUCCGGCUGAUGGAAGACCGCAAUGCGCGCCUAGGCGAGUGCGUCAACCUCAGCCACCGCUACACCCGGCUGCUCCUGGUGAAGGAAAACUCCAAUCCCGUGCGGGCCCAGCAGAAGCUUCUGGACACGGGCCGGGGACACGCGAGAACCGUGGGGCACCAGGCCAGCCCCAUCCAGAUGGAGACCCUCUUUGAGCCGGACGAGGAGCGCCCCGAGCCACCACGCACCGUGGUCUUGCAGGGGGCAGCGGGGAUCGGGAAGUCCAUGCUGGCGCACAAGGUGAUGCUGGACUGGGCCGACGGGAAGCUCUUCCGAGGCAGGUUUGAUUAUGUCUUCUACAUCAGCUGCAGGGAGAUGAACCAGGGCGCCGAGCGGAGCGCGCAGGACCUCAUCGCCCGCUGCUGGGCCGAGCCCAGCGCGCCCCUGCAGGAGCUGGUCCGGGUUCCCGAGCGCCUCCUCUUCAUCAUUGACGGCUUCGACGAGCUCAAGGCUUCUUUCCAUGAUCCUCAGGGAUCCUGGUGCCUCUGCUGGGAAGAGAAACAGCCCGCAGAGCUUCUCCUUAGCAGCCUGAUCAGGAAGAAGCUGCUUCUCGAGCUGUCUUUGCUCUUCACCACGCGGCCCACGGCUUUGGAGAAGCUCCACCGCUUGCUGGAGCACCCCAGGUAUGUGGAGAUCCUGGGCUUCUCCGAGGCAGAGAGGAAGGAAUACUUCCACAAGCAUUUCCACAAUGCCGAGCAGGCGAGCCAAGUCUUCAACUUCGUCAGGGACAACGAGCCCCUCUUCACCAUGUGCUUUGUCCCCAUGGUGUGCUGGGUGGUUUGCACCUGCCUCAAGCAGCAACUGGAGGGUGGGGGGCUUUUAAGACAGACGUCCAGGACCACCACAGCAGUGUACCUGCUCUACCUUCUGAGUCUGAUGCAACCCAAGCCCGGGACUCCAUCCCUCCGAGGGCUGUGCUCCUUGGCGGCCGAUGACCUCUGGAAUCAGAAAAUCCUAUUUGAGGAGUGAGACCUCCGAAAGCAUGGCCUGGAUGGGGUGGAUGUCUCUGCCUUCCUCAACAUGAACAUCUUCCAGAAGGACAUCAACUGUGAGAAGUACUACAGCUUCAUCCACUUGAGUUUCCAGGAAUUCUUUGCGGCCAUGUACUAUGUCCUGGAUGGCCCGGAGCGUGGAUCGGGCCCAGACCAGAAUGUGACCAGGUUGUUGACGGAGUGCAGGUUUUCAGAAAGGAGCUUCUUGGCACUCACUGUCCGCUUCCUGUUCGGACUCGUGAAUGAGGAGACGCGAAGCUACCUGGAGAAGAGUCUCUGCUGGAAGGUCUCACCUCACAUCAAGGCGGAGCUGCUGGCGUAGAUCCAAAGCAAAGCCCAAAGCAAGGGCUCCACCCUGCAGCAGGGCUCCUUGGAGCUCUUCAGCUGUCUAUACGAGAUCCAGGAGGAGGAAUUCAUCCAACAGGCCCUGAGCCACUUCCAAGUGGCGGUGGUCAGUGGCAUUGCCUCCAAGAUGGAGCACAUUGUCACCUCGUUUUGUGUGAAGAACUGUAGGAGCACCCAGGUGCUGCACUUGCAUGGGGCAGCCUACAGCACCGACGAAGAUGACGGGACGGGAUGGACUCUGGGAGCCCAGACGCUGUUGGCGAAGUCGCUGGACAGCUGUGGCCUCACGGCUAAGGCUUGCAAGGACCUUUCUUCCACCCUGGGGAUCAACCAGACCUUGACUGAGCUUUACCUGACCAACAACGCCCUGGGGGACACAGGCAUCCAGCUGCUCUGCAAGCGGCUGAGCCAUUCCAGCUGCAAACUCCGAGUCCUCUGGUUAUUUGGAAUGGACCUGAAUGAAACGACCCACAGUAGGUUGGCAGCGCUUCGAGGAACAAAACCUUACUUGGACAUUGGCUGCUGAACGGUCCCGCCUGCUGGCUCCUCUCUUGAAGUCCGGACAGGGGAAGACGGGGGUCAUCUUCACCACACAACAUAAGGACCAGGCUGUUCAUUUCCCCAGGAGACAGAGUUAUAUGCAGAUUGAGAUAAAAGUCCUUUCUGCUGGGGA